AUUUCUCGAUUUUCUUCUGAGCAAUUACUAUAGUUAGGGUUUCUUUCUUCUUUCACUUGGCUUCAGCCGCACGCAGUCUCUCUGCACUCUUCUCAGCUGCCAUCAUCUUCCUUCUCCUCCUCCUCCGCCGCCGCCGCCGCCGCUCAACACUUCUGAGCUGCUCUACUUCUUCCAGAUAGGUUACCAUCACACAUUUUGAUUUGUAAAGUCAUUCAUACCAUCUUAAACAUCCAAAAUGUCGCGGAAGGGUUUGAUGGAACAAGACCUGAGUAAACUGGAUGUAAAGAAAUUGGAUCCACUCUCUCCUGAAGUCAUAUCACGACAGGCUACCAUUAAUAUUGGCACUAUAGGUCACGUGGCACAUGGCAAGUCAACUGUUGUGAAAGCAAUAUCAGGUGUUCAGACUGUUCGUUUCAAAAAUGAGUUGGAGCGUAAUAUUACAAUUAAGCUUGGCUAUGCAAAUGCUAAGAUAUAUAAAUGUGAAGAUGAACGUUGUCCUAGGCCUAUGUGCUACAAGGCAUAUGGAAGUGGGAAGGAAGACAGUCCUAUGUGUGAUGUGCCAGGGUUUGAAAACAGCAGGAUGAAAUUGCUGAGGCAUGUUUCUUUCGUGGAUUGCCCGGGCCAUGAUAUUCUCAUGGCUACAAUGCUUAAUGGAGCUGCAAUCAUGGAUGGAGCUUUGCUACUUAUAGCUGCUAAUGAGAGCUGUCCACAACCACAAACCUCAGAGCAUUUAGCUGCUGUAGAGAUUAUGCGUCUGCAGCACAUAAUCAUCCUUCAGAAUAAAGUAGACUUGAUUCAAGAAAAUGUGGCAAUCAAUCAACAUGAAGCAAUAACGAAGUUUAUUGCGGGAACUGUUGCUGAUAGUGCACCAGUAGUACCUAUUUCAGCACAACUGAAGUAUAACAUUGAUGUUGUGUGCGAGUAUAUUGUAAAAAAGAUCCCAAUUCCAAUAAGGGAUUUCGUCUCUCCACCCAAUAUGAUAGUAAUUCGGUCAUUUGAUGUCAACAAACCUGGUUUUGAGGUUGAUGAUAUAAAAGGAGGUGUAGCUGGUGGAAGCAUUCUGAGGGGUGUUUUGAAGGUAAACCAAUUCAUUGAAGUUCGACCUGGUAUAGUUGUUAAAGACGAGAGCGGGAAUAUCAAGUGCACCCCUAUAUACUCCAGAAUAGUAUCAUUAUAUGCUGAGCAAAAUGAGCUUCAAUUUGCUGUGCCUGGAGGUCUCAUUGGUGUUGGGACGACAAUGGAUCCAACUUUGACACGUGCUGACAGGUUGGUCGGACAAGUUCUUGGUGAGGUUGGAUCUCUGCCUGAUGUUUUUGUUGAACUUGAGGUGAACUUUUUCUUGCUUCGACGACUUUUGGGUGUGCGGACAAAAGGCUCAGAGAAACAGGGCAAGGUAUCGAAGCUCGCUAAAGGAGAGAUGCUUAUGUUGAAUAUUGGAUCCAUGUCAACGGGAGCCAGAGUUGUUGCUGUGAGAAACGAUUUGGCAAAGCUGCAACUUACUUCCCCGGUGUGCACCAGCAAAGGUGAGAAGAUUGCUCUUAGUCGGCGUGUUGAGAAGCAUUGGCGUCUGAUUGGAUGGGGACAAAUCCAAGCAGGAAUCACUCUGAAUGUCCCUGCCGCUCCCCAACUGAGUUAAACAAGAGAGAGUAGACCUGUUAUUAAAACUUGAGAGGGAUUUAAGAGAUGUGGGAAGGAAGAGAAUUGCUGGGAACCAUUUUUUUGAGGUGGAGAAGAAAACAUAUGAAUGACGAUGAGUUUUUGUUUUUGCUUUAUUACUUUUGUAUACUGUUGUCUACCUAUAAUUGAAGCUGUAUGUUAUGCCCAAUUGAGUUUUACACCAGGCUUCAAUAAUUUCACAUUCACGCAUAGUUGGCACGUUCACGAUGAAAUGAAAUGGCGGUACUUGUG